AUGUCAGCAUCCCAUGUAGCUACUAAUGACUAUUCCAACGUCAUUUUUCCAACGAUCGGUGCGAAGUUGUAUUUAAACGAUAAUACGGCCGAUUUUCGUUUUAUCUUUGAAUCAGCCAACGGUCCCGAUCAAAGUAUUCCGGUACACAAACUGUUUUUGGUGACCGCCAGUGAGGUGUUCGGUUCGAUGUUCAACGAAUCAUGGCAUGAAAAAGAUCAAGUUAAAAUUGAUGACGCACCGAUUGCGGCUUAUAAAGAAUUUUUACAGUUUUUUUAUUUGAACAAAGUCAAACUGACCAUGGAAAACAUAGCAAAAGUCAUGUAUCUUGGAAACAAAUACAAUGUAUCCGAAUGCUUAAAAGUAUGUCACAAAUUCAUCGCAAGUAAAUUGACCAGUGACAACGUGUGUUCAACCUAUGAACUAGCGAUGCGUUUGAAUCAAAAAAACUUGAAAAAGCUGUGUGAAACAUGGAUCAGUAAAAACUGCAUGUCAGUAUUCAAGUCGACCGAAUUUCUCCACUGUAAAAAAGAUGUUUUGAGUCACAUAUUGGACUUGGAUCCGUUGAACUGCACCGAGGCGGAUGUGUUCGAGGCAUGUGUUGGAUGGGUGAAAGCUGUAAAUAAUGCCGAGACUUUAACGCGUGAAUUCUUACGCGGUCAACUUGGCGACGUGUUUCAUAAAAUUCGAUUUUGUUCGAUGUCACCAAAGGAAUUUGCCACCUUGAUACCAACAUACGGUCACCUAUUUUCGCCAGAGGAGUGUAAGGAAGUGUUUCAAAUGGUUUCUUUAGAAGAAUUUCAACCACAAUUUUUCGAAGGAAAUCAUAAAAAACGACUCGAAAUGCUCGCAUGGGACGAACAAGCGGUCAUUAAAUGUGAUCGAAGCAUUUCAGUUUUUUACUCCGAUGAACCGUAUUUUUUAAAAAAUCUGGAAACUACUACUUUCUCAAUUGAUAAUCCGGUUUGGUUGGGAGCAUUUCUAUGUGUUGAUUUAUCGGAUUAUACAGACAAUGAAUAUGCAUUUUUGGAAGAGGAACUCAACACGGAAUUUACAAUCGUUGAAGUUGCCAAGGAUUCGGAAAAGAUUCUUUACAAUGGAACGGCUGGCCUGGGAAGUGAAAGUGAUACACGCAUCGUUUUAUCGAAGCCAGUUUACAUUCGACAAGGAUUUAUCUAUGAAAUUAGGAUGCAGCAAGUGCCACCUGAAAAAUGCUGUACGGGAGAUUUGCUGAAAACUGACGUUCAAGUCGAUUCUGAAAUUAGCGUUCGAUUCCAUGAUUCGCUUGGGGAAGAUUAUGUUGCCAGGGGAAUGGUUAUUGCACUUGAAUUUAUUCAUAUUUGA